AUGUCAAAUAUAGACGGUAUUUUAAAUUCUAUUAUCACCUCAACUAGAUCGUCCAACCUUGCAGUACAAGAUCUUAUCAAGCAGGAAUCUACCACAGAAGUACCAGACUUUAUAAAAUCCUUACAACAAAAAAGUAAUUCCACAUCUGAACUUGAAGGUAUUUCAUUACUUUCAUUAAAAAAUCAAUCAUUAGCAUCUUACAUUAAUAACUUGGCUUUAAUAGUACUAGGAAAUUUAAACAAACUUGAUCACGAUGAUUCUGAUAGUCUAAAAGACGAGGCAAUAAAUCGAUCUAUAGUGCAAAGAGUUACCCUUGAAAAAGGUGUAAAACCUUUAGAGAAGAAACUUAAUUAUCAAAUAGAAAAUUUAUUGAAGGCAUACAAUAAAGAAUGUGAAUCAAUCCAGCGAAAACAAGAGAAUGCUGAAGAAGAUGGCGAAAAAGAUAAUAAUCAAGAAGCUGACUUAGAGGUUGAUUCAGAGGACGAAGAAGAUGAAUUAGCAUUUAGACCAGACGCCACUGCAUUAGCAAAACUAGCUCCAAAUUCAUCGAAAGAUUCCAAUACAAACCUUUCAGGGAAAUAUAAACCUCCUAAAAUUUCGGCUAUUGCUCCACCAUCAUCAAAUAAAGAUUCCACAGAAAAGAGUGAAAAGAAUCAAAAAUUACAAAGUAUGGAAGAAUAUUUACAAGAGCAAAGUGAGAUCCCAAUGGCUGAAGCUAGCAUUGGUUCAACUAUUGUUGGACACGGUAGAGGUGGUGUUAAAACUCAACAUGAUCGUAAGAAAGAGCAAGAAAUUCAAAACUAUGAGGAAAGUAAUUUUACAAGAUUACCUACCACUCAAACCAAGAAAAAUUUCAAACAAAAACAAAGAGAUUUGGCUAAUCAAUUUGCCGGUGAAGAUUGGAGUAUGUUUAAUGGAAAUAAUGAUAAAAACUUAAGUUCAAGUACUUCUAGAAAAAGAAAAGCUAAAACGUCAUGGGAUAGAGCUAAAAAGAAUAGGUUUUAA